AUGGCUGACCAUUUUCUUCUAGCAGCGCCUCGUAUCAACGAUGAACGGUCUACCGAGUGUCUUCGACACCUCUUUGUGACAGACCCGGAAAAGGACAAGCAGCGCAUUGAAAGUGAUAGAGACAAUCUCCUUAGGGACUGCUAUUCAUGGAUACUCUCAGAUUCCAAAUUCAAAGCCUGGCAAGAAGCAGACCAGGACCAACUUUUGUGGAUUAGAGGCGAUCCAGGUAAAGGAAAAACCAUGUUAAUGAUUGGCCUUGUGCACGAGAUUACGGCCCACUUGCAGAGUCGGCCAGGCCAAGGAAUUCUUACAUAUUUCUUUUGUCAGAGUAAUCUUGUAACACUGAACAAUGCUAUUUGCAUUCUUCGUGGCCUAAUUUGGAUGAUUGUUGGCCAAGAUCAAUCACUGAUGCGACACGUCCUGGUGGAGUAUGAUAAGUUUGGAGAGAGACUAUUCGAGGGCCCGAAUGCUUUUUUUGCUCUCCGCUCAAUCUUCGUCAAUAUUUUACAAGAUCCAGCGCUUGCCAUGGUUUACGUUCUUGUUGACGCAAUCGACGAGUGCAGCACCGGAUUGGAUAAAUUUUUGAAUUUGGUUGUUCAAGGAACUUCAGGACUACCGUCGAGGGUGAAAUGGAUUUUGACCAGUCGUCACAGACCAGAUAUUGCACAGAUGCUUGGACAAACUGCCGUUCAGCAUCGCAUAGACCUGGAAGAGAACCAAAAUCCUAUUGCCGAGGCAGUGACAACGUUUAUUGAAUACAAAAUGAACUUACUUUCACAGGACAGGUUUUACGAUCUCGAUCUGAGGAAUCAUGUGGGGCAGAUCUUGCGAGAGAAGGCGGGAAAUACGUUUCUUUGGGUGGCCCUAGUGUGCCAUGAGCUCGCAAGUGCUGAGAGCUGGGAGGCCGAAGCAAUCGUCGAGGAGCUACCAUCUGGACUUGAGCCGCUGUAUGAUCAUAUGCUCUCUCAGAUCAAGAAUUUGCGCAAGAGUCAAUACGAAGUCUGCGAAGGAAUUCUUCGUUCAAUGGCCCUGGUAUUUCGGCCUGUCAACUUGAAGGAAUUGCAAGCGAUUACCUUUCUCCCACCCCGUUUGGCAAGCAAUAUAAACGGUAUGAGGAGCACGAUCGAAUUAUGUGGGUCUUUCUUGACAACUCAAGAAGGAGAGAUCAGCUUUAUUCAUCAAUCUGCAAAGGAUUACUUGGUCACUGGUAGUGGACAGCUAAUAUUUGAUGGCGAUCAGGCGGAAGAGCAUGCCAAAAUAGUGACACAAUCCAUACAGACCAUGUCCAAUAUCUUGAAAAGAGAUUUGUUAGAUCUGAAACACCCGGGAUAUUUGAUAUCACACUUGCCAGCCAAUGAGACACUCGCUGGAAUGUCAUAUGCCGUGUGCUUUUGGGGUCAUCACCUCCUGGAAUAUAUUGGAGGAUCUGGAAAUCCCAAAAAUCAUCAGGAUCUUUUAUUGGUCGUGCAUAGCUUCUUGCAGUCGCAUCUUCUUCACUGGAUUGAAGCUCUCAGUCUCCUCGGCAAGAUAUCAGAUGGGUUAUCAAUCAUUACGCAGUUGAAGUCCUGCAUCAAGGCAUGCUACUUAAGCAUUCUUAAGAAGAUUAAAUACUUACAACCUCUAGGUUUCUGUGAAUAG